UCCAAGUUUGGAGCUUUUAGCUGCCAGCCCUGGCCCAUCAUGUAGCUGCAGCACAGCCUUCCCUAACGUUGCAACUGGGAGAAAAAUCACUUUCCAGACUGUUUUGCAAGGUGUGCAAUUCCAUCUUGACUCCCUGAAAGUCCAUCUGCUGCAUCGGUCAAGAGAAACUCCACUUGCAUGAAGAUUGCACGCCUGCAGCUUGCAUCUUUGUUGCAAAACUAGCUACAGAAGAGAAGCAAGGCAAAGUCUUUUGUGCUCCCCUCCCCCAUCAGAGGAAAGGGGAAAAUGUCUCAGUCGAAAGGCAAGAAACGAAACCCUGGCCUUAAGAUUCCAAAAGAAGCAUUCGAGCAACCUCAGACCAGCUCCACGCCACCUCGAGACUUAGACUCCAAGGCUUGCAUUUCUAUUGGAAAUCAGAACUUUGAGGUGAAGGCAGAUGACCUGGAGCCUAUAGUGGAGCUGGGACGGGGUGCGUACGGGGUGGUGGAGAAGAUGCGGCACGUGCCCAGCGGGCAGAUCAUGGCAGUGAAGAGGAUCCGGGCCACUGUCAACAGCCAGGAGCAGAAACGGCUACUGAUGGAUCUGGAUGUUUCCAUGAGGACAGUGGACUGUCCUUUUACUGUCACCUUCUAUGGUGCACUCUUCCGGGAGGGCGAUGUGUGGAUCUGUAUGGAGCUUAUGGAUACGUCACUAGAUAAGUUCUACAAACAAGUCAUUGAUAAAGGGCAGACAAUUCCAGAGGAUAUCUUAGGGAAGAUAGCAGUUUCUAUUGUAAAAGCAUUAGAACAUUUACACAGUAAGCUCUCUGUUAUCCAUCGAGAUGUCAAGCCUUCUAACGUGCUCAUUAAUACGCUGGGCCAAGUGAAGAUGUGUGAUUUUGGAAUCAGUGGCUACCUGGUGGACUCUGUUGCUAAAACGAUUGAUGCAGGUUGCAAACCAUACAUGGCUCCUGAACGAAUAAACCCGGAGCUCAACCAGAAGGGGUACAGUGUGAAGUCUGACAUUUGGAGUCUGGGCAUCACGAUGAUUGAGCUGGCCAUCCUCCGGUUUCCCUAUGACUCUUGGGGAACUCCCUUCCAGCAGCUAAAACAGGUGGUAGAAGAGCCAUCACCACAGCUCCCAGCAGACAAGUUCUCCGCAGAGUUCGUUGACUUUACCUCGCAGUGCUUGAAGAAAAAUUCCAAAGAACGGCCCACAUAUCCAGAACUUAUGCAACAUCCAUUUUUUACCCUACAUGAAUCCAAAGCAACAGAUGUGGCAUCGUUUGUAAAACUGAUACUUGGUGACUAAAAAAAAAAAAAAACACCAUGGACUUAACUGGUUGACCCUCCUGUGGAUUGGUGGGUUUACAGGGUGAAAUGAGUUCACUACAACGCCAACAGAAAGUCAUCUUGAGAUCGUGGAACCCUGCCUUUUUGAGGGUUUUUCUCUCCCUAUUUUUUUUUUCUUUUCCCUCUCCAAAGGGGGCCUUGGAAUCUCUAGUAUAGAAUGAACUCUCUAGAUGGAUGAAAUAUGAUAAAGGCUUAGGACUUGAAAAGGCGAUUAAAUAUUUAAUGACGAGUCAUACGAGUCCUCAAGCUUUUCAGAUUUCUCGUGUUCUUUACAAAAUGAGUGCAUUGGCCCUGGUAACAAGGUGCUACAGUAGCGAUGAAAUUGUAAAGUAGAUUUGUAGUGUGUCUCACUUAUUAUUUUAAUAUUUAUGUUUCAGUGCUUGGUUGGAAAUAUUCCAUUUUAUGCAAGAAGGGAGACGCAGAGACAAGGCUGACUUGGCAGUAUUUAUAGGGCUUUUAUUUUUUAAGUUCAAUCAUGUCUGUGGUCCAGAGAAAGUUAUUUAAAUAUGCAUCUUUAAGACUAUUAUUGAAAUCUCAAACAAAGGGGCUCGUCCUGUGCAGUGUGGCUUGCAGCUGUCAUGGCUGCUGCUCGUGACCUUCAACUCAAUCUUGGGUAAUCACCGCAUCUUUUGAGUGAACUGUCAAAGUAUCUUGAUCAUAUC